CUAACCUCAAAAAAAAAAUAAUUUUUAUAUUUUUAUCAGCAAAAUCUUUUUUUCUCAAUCAAAAAAUAUCCAAAAUUUAAUUAUCCACCAUGCAAAUAUUGAAAUUUUUAAGUAUAUUCCUUCUCUUGCAUUGCGCCCUAGGAAAUUUUGCGGGCGAAAAUGAGUUUGCAGAAUUCGAAGAUUUUGAAGAUUCGGAGCAGAAUUUUGUCGAAGAAAAUGAACAGGUACAAGAGGAUCCUGCUGCAAAUCAAUUUAUUCCUGUUAACGGUGAAAAUUUGAACGAAGAAGCGUUAAUUGAAGAGGAAAGCGAUGAAGAGGAAGUAGACAUCGAAGUAGAUUCCGAAUUUGAACAUUUCCAAGACACAGACGAAUUCGAAGGCUUCGAAGAAAAAGAAGAAAAACCCCUAACAGAACCAAAAAUAACUAUCGCAAAAGUACCAUUGAAUCUAAUCCACAACUGGGACAGUUACUAUUUGGAGAUUUUAAUGAUAGCAAUAAUGGUUGCUUAUUUCAUUAACUUUGCUAUGGGUAGAAGUAAAAAUUCCAAAAUAGCUUCUACAUGGUUUGAAUUAAAUAAGCAACUAUUGGAAGAAAAUUUUGCAAUGGUUGGUGACGAUGGUAGCAAGGAGAGAAACGAAAAUGUCAAUUUAGUAAAGGAAAGUGAAAAUGUUUACACAUUGUGGUGCAGUGGAAGGACUUGUUGCGAAGGAAUGUUGGUUGAAUUAAGACUUAUCAAACGUCAUGAUUUGGUAGCCCUAAUCGCAAAUUUAAUGAAGCCCUCUGUGGACCAAGUUCAUAUAACUGUAAGAAUGAGCAAAGAAGAUAUGGACAAUUUCGUUUUUGCAGCCGCCAUCAAAAAAACGGCCCUACAAAUCACUAAAGACUUGCAAGAUAUUAGUAUUUACAGUCCAGAAAGAAAAGCUGGAGAAAAAUUCAACCUCCCUGCAAGUUUUCAAGUGAUGUCCGAAAUUGGAGAAGCCACUUCAGCUAUGCUAGACUCAAAAAUUAUAGCUAUAUUGAACAAAUAUCCUGAAUAUGUAGAUUAUAUUCAUUUUUCUGAUCAAUUUUCUGGCAUGAAACUAACUGAUGAUAUUAACCCAAAUCCAAAUAAAAUGCCCGAUGUUGAAAAAGUCCUAAGAUUCGGAUUCAAUUUACAAACCAAAGGCGUGCCAUUAGAAGAAACCUUGACAAGACUGAAACCAUUAAUGAGCAUGGUAUUCUACUGUAUGGAUAAAGUGAAACGUUACCGGUUAUCCAGAGAAGGCAAAUUGAAAGCUGACAAAAACAGGCAAAAGGUGGAAGAAGCUUUUUUGAAGUCCACCCAUCAAGCCAGAGCUGAAGCAGCUGCGGCCAAACGGGAAGAAAAGAAACGUCAGGAGAAGGAAAAAAUAUUGGCAGAGGAAGAUCCGGAAAAACAAAGACGUUGGGAGAUUAAGGAGGAGAAACGUCAGGCCAAAAAAAGGGCACCUAGGAUGAAGCAGUUGAAAGUUAAAGCUUUGUAAAUUGAUCUCGAGUAAUAUAUGUAUUAUGUUGUUAAAUAUGUACUAGUGGUAUUGGUUAGUGUUUAUUUGAAGUUGUAUAAAAAUUAAUGAGUACAGUUCAAGUGGCAAUAAAUACAAAAUUAAAACUUUUUGAUUUCUUUUAAUUAAUAAUAAUAAAUUUAUUCAAUACUCAGAUACAUUGUUUAAGUAUAAAUGAUUUCGAAC